CCACACUGGCUCCACAUCCACAGUGAUGUGGAGCAGCCUACUUCUCAUUGCGCAUGGCACAUGCCUUCCCUCUGGCUGUCCUUCCUCCCCCUUCCAAAACAUAAACAGUAGUAAAUCUCUCCUUGGCACAUCCAUGCCAGCCGGCUGUGACUUCACACACACACACAGCACACAGAGGCCAUGCAUGCACAACUUCCUGAGCAGACAAAUCUUUCUCUGUGUGCAGGUCCUGGUCAGCAGCACCCGCUUUCAGGCCAGACCCGCCUUGAAGGGGCGUCGUUUGGGAGGCUCUGCUGUGUGCUUUGGCAGGCGUCCCAAUGCCCCUUCUUUAAGCAUCGGCCGCGGAGGAUUUGGAAGGAUCUGGGACGACGCAGCGAGGCCUCCGGUGUGGAAGAAAGCUAAGGAGAGUUCUUGUGUUCUGGUAGCUGGAAGGCCAUGGGGAACAGCAGAGCCAGCGGUGGAAGCAGAAGGAGCAGGACUUGAAGAUGCCGAGGCUCCUCUCCUGCGUCAGCAGAGUGGUGGUCCUUUUGGCAGCUGUUCUGGUGACCACAUCCAUCACCAUGUCAGGAGAAUGGGGAGAAGAAGGUGUGAUGUACGGCCAGCUAGGAAAAGAUGUGACAUUGACAUGUGCCAGAGUAAACCCUGGGUCCAUAGUGGAGUGGCGGUGGAAUGGAGCCACAGUCCUGCCGGAGGACUCCUGGGUCCAUCAAGGGCAGCUCAUCGUGCCGCACGCCGAGCACUCCUCUGAAGGCCUCUACAGCUGCCAUGACACUGGUGGACUCCUCCUCAGCUCCAUCAUGCUUCGCCUUGGCCGGGUGCCAGGAUUACCUUCCAUUUCAUGCCGAGCUUCCAACUAUGAGAACUUCUCUUGCUUCUGGGCUCCCAGCAUUGAGACCUUCCUGCCUACUAAAUACAUCACCACCUAUAGGAAAAAGCAACAAUCUGCAAAUGAAAGCUCUCCAACCAUCGACAUGGGGCUGUGCGUUCAAGACCCUGCCCGCCCACUCUCCUGCACAGUCAACAACUCUGGGUUUUGGAGUUCCUACCGCAUGAAUGUGACGGAGGUGAACCCACUGGGCUCUAGCUUCCGCCUUCUAGAUGUCACAAUGCAUGCCAUUAUCAAGCCGGACCCUCCGGAGGGUCUGAGGGUGGAACCGGUGCCUUCUGCCCCCCGGCGGCUGCGGGUGAGCUGGGAAUACCCCUCCAGCUGGCCUAAGAAGCCCCACUUUGAACUGCAGUUCCGGCUGCAAUAUCGGCCCAUCAUUUACAGUUCCUGGUCAGUGGUGGAGACAGCCAAUGUGUCCGAGGUAAUAACAGAUGCAGUCAUGGGCUUGGUGCAUGUGGUCCAAGUCUGUGCCAAGGACUUCCUGGAUGCUGGCAGCUGGAGUGAAUGGGCCAGAGCAUGGGGCAUGCCUGCCAUGGGACAAACCGCGGCACCCAGUGAAGCCGCCACCGCUGUCGCUGAGCCAGAAAGUCCAGCGGAGGAGCCCUCUCUGGCCCCCAACAAUGAGCUGAUUGGUCGCAGUGAUCCCACGGAGAAAGUGGCAGUUCUGGUCUCACUGGGUGUUUUUGCCUUCUUCGUCCUUGCGGCCAUUCUGGUCUUUGCUUUUCUGAUGUGGAUCCGGAUGAAGAAGCACAGCAAGGAGGCCACAAAAAACCAUGAUCUACUUGCAGCUGCCAUCCACAUGAAAUCCUUGCCCAAAGCCCAGAUCUUGUAGCUUGGAUUGGGGACCCCUGGCAGGGCAAUGCCCACCCACAAGAGGGGCAGCAAGCCACUCAUCUCCUCAUCUGCAGCUGCCCAUCGACCCUCCAAGAGAGGCAACCUGGGUACCUUUUUGCCUGGCCACUCUACGCACAACAGCCACUGCAAUCAAAAGAAAAGUAACCCAACUGAAGGACGUUUUGGGAAGGCACCUUGGUACCAAAGGAGGGGUGCCACCUCUGAUGGAGUACCUCAUCCCUUUUCUAGAUGCAAACUGAGGGCUGGAUGGUGGCUGCUGGUGUUGGACCCAUUCUUGGCCUGUGUCCAUCUUCGUUCUUUGCAAUGGACACCAAACUGCAACUGAUGUCUUGGUGUCCACCAAGCCUGGCAGAAGGCAUUGGUGACAGCAGCCAUUGCAUUGGGCAAAAGGACUGGCAUGCCUGGCUCAGCUUCACAGACUUGGCACCCUCUCAACAUCCCCUUCCUUCCCUCAUCACUCCCAUGGGACUAAAACAUGGCCCUUUUGGACUGUAGACCUUUUGUCUGCUUGAGUCUCAAAUUGUGACCCUGCAAGUCAAAGGUAGCCUUGCUCAGUGAGCCACCAGAAGCAACAGGGCAUUGUGGGAAGUCCAGAGGACUCAAAGCAUUGUGGGGCCUUUUCCAGAGUGGGUGGAAGCAUCAGCCAGGGAGACCGGAGGUGGUGGCACAGAUCUCUCCAAAUACCAUACAGCACAGCUACCAGCUCAUGAAUUUGCUUGCGUACAUGCGUGCGUGCGUGCGUGUGUAUUUGUGAGGUGUGAUUGUGCAUAUGCGUUCACUUGGUCAGUAUGAGAAAUUUCAGGUCAAGAAUUAAAUUCCUGGCUUUUGAUUUGUUUUGUAAAAAAAUGUAGUCCUCCCAUCAGACUCUAUGAGGACAUCCGUGUCAUUCAAGAGAAGCUGUUCAAAUUGGUGUAAGUGCUACAUAGCUUGUUCACAGCUUGGCCAACCUGCCAGGGCAAGGAGUGGCAUAGUUGGAGACAGAGAGCCCUUGUUGGCACACUUUGGACAUUUGGGGACCCCAACUCAAUCACCCCUGCACUUUGUAGAAUUAUAAAAUUAUAGGAUUGAAAGGCAGCCCUGGGGUCAUCUGCUCCAACCCAUUAUUAUGCUGGAAGACACAAUUGCAACACUCCUGAAAGAUACCCAUCCAACCUCUGUUUAAAGACCUCCAAAGAUGGAGAGUCCAUCAGGUAGUCCACUGUUGAACAGCUCUGACUGUGUGAGACUCCAUCAU